GAUUCUCAUGGAGCCGGGGCAAACAACGUAGAUGUCCGAGCGCGGCCGAGCGCUCAUUUCCGUUUUCGAAUCCGACGUCACCUACUCUCAAAGCCCGUGUGUUUUGUGUUUCUUUGGGGCCACGAUGAUUAUCGCUAAUUUAACGUUGAAAUUAUUGAAACUGAAAUUAGAUUUCUUCGUAUCUUAAAAGUAUCCAAAAUCGAAAUCCAACAGGAACAUUUGCUCGUCUAACAAGUGAAAGAAAACGAAGAAAAACAUUGUAACGUUAACGUGAUCAGUCAACCAAAUUUAAUUAAUAACUGUAUGUCACUAAAGAAAUCUUGAGCAAAAUGGGCAUUCAAGAUUUGCAAGUCUUUUUGGAUAGUAAUUACAUACAGAGUGGGUCUGUACCUGUGGAUCUAUUGAAAAUAGCACGUACUAUCACACAAAGACAACAUAAUCGAGUUGGUAAAGCACAACAGUUACAUUCGGGAAAACUAAGGCUAGUCCUUGAUGGAGAAUGCUGCUUAGAUAGAUUAUACGGAGGAUAUUUCUCAGAUUGGGCUUGUGGAGGACAGUGGAACCGAAUGUUGCAGUUUUUAGCUGUUCUCAUACAAGCAACAGAAAUGUCAGGUUUAGAAUUAGCUGUAUUCUUUAAUGGAUGUUUUGAAUCUUCUCGACGCGCAGACUGGAUUUUAAAUCAAUUGCAAAUGCGAAUUAAAGUAAAUAACGUGUUAAAACAUAUUUCAACCAAAGGCACUCCACCACCAAAAAUUUGGUGGACCCCACCAGUGUGUUUAAGGACCAGUCUACGUAUGGCUUUAAGGCAUUUGAAUGUUACGGUACUAUGUAGUAUGGAUGACCAUCAUCAGGAAGUGAUUGCAUAUUGCCGAGAAAACAAUUUUAAUGGCUUAAUUGCCGAUGACGCGGAGUAUGCUGCGUUCGAUCCUCCACGGUAUUUUUCGUCUGAACAGUUGAAACUGACAUACAAAGGCUCUCUCGACACCAAGGAGUAUAUUCUUCCAGAACUUUUAAAAGCUUUGAACAUCCCUUCCGAUAGACUAUGCUUGUUAGCCGCGUUACUUGGAAAUUAUAUUUUAACUGAGCAUGACUUAGCCGAUUUUUAUAAGAAAUUGAACGUCAAUACCAAUUUGAACAAAGUAAACGUUGAACAUACGAUUAAAACGAUAGCUAAUUUCGUUCGAGACUUACCAUCGGUCGAGUUGGAUGUGGUUUCGCAGAAAGUUUUUGGAUCCCUGUCCGAUCCGAGGUGUCCGAAACUAAGGCAAUCGGUUCAGUAUUAUAUAAAUGGAACUAAGGAUGGAUUUUUACAUUAUAAACCAGUAAAACCAAAUAGAGUACACAAAUUGGAUUCAAAGCAGAGCGUGCAACAACAGUCGAAUUUAUCCGAUACACCGUCAACCUCGGAGAUCGAUUCGAAUUUAGAAACAUCCAGAUUUGCAUCCGAAACCGUGGAAAGCGAACGCGAAAGUUUGAACGCGUACAAGCAAGCUACUGCAAAUGCCAAGUCCGCACCGCAAAUUGUGAUAGAUCCACCGGGAAUUCAGGGCCACGGUGACGUUGAUAAUAUUAGGACAGAGGAAGAACAAAACAAUGGGCAUACCAUAAAUGGCACACACAAUCUUCUAAUUAGUUCGUCCAGCUCGAGCAGCAGUUCUUCCGCUACGUCACCGUCUCACGCGACGGCUGAUUCGUCGAAGCAAACGGAGAAAAUGAUGACUAUUCCCAGCACGGUGCCAGAAGUGAUGCGUACCGCAUCCGAACGGCAUCAGAAAGGCUUAAUGUCUCCUCAUAUUUAUCAGAUUCUUAUCGCCGGAGAAAUUAAACUGCCUGUUCUUCUCGAAGAUGAGAAUCAUCGUGAAUUCCCAUCGAUCCAUCUUAUUUAUAGACCCGUCAGGCAAAUGGUGUAUGCGAUACUAUUCAAUCUUCAUCACAGAAUGUAUUUAGCUGCUAAAAGUAAAGAGAAGGGAGAUAGUGAAAAAAUCGAAGUCCCAGACGUUGUGAUAAAGGAGUGGGUGUGGUCAAAAUCGAAUCCAUACAUAACUCCAGAACCUGUGAAAGCGGAACAGAUUGGUUGGGGUGUACCUACGAUUCAACGUUUGUGGUUUGGCACGGGCAUAGAUGACAAACGUCGUCGUUUACGAGGAUUCUUGACUUGUAUGAAGUCAGAUACACCUCUUAUGUUAAACACUUCCUACGUACCGCAACACCUUUUAGUUAUGGCUUGUGUAUUAAGAUAUAUUAUGUCGUUUUCGGAUAAAAUAAAGGUUCUACGCCGUUGGGAAUUAGAUGCUUUCAUUGCACAGGCAUUUUCACCAGAGCUUAUGAACGCUCAGCAUUUACAAGAUCUCCAGCUUCCUUUAGUAACAUCACGCGGAGUACAAUUAGCUACUUUAUUCAUGGCCGGUGUUGAGACUGCUCUCUUAGCUAAUGACGCUUGUGGUGCACCGAUCCCAUGGCUAAUGUGCUGUCCAUGGUUGUAUUUCGAUGGAAAACUGUUCCAUCACACGCUAGCUCGUGCUAGAAUCGCGAAAAACUUACUAGAACUCUGUGGUGGCCAUAUAGAUCGUAUCGUGAAAGUCGAGCGGAUGAAAAAAGCUAUAUUAGAGGGUACCAACGUUAUUUUCGCACGAGCACCACCAGUUGGUCCAGGUAUUCGCAUGUCAGUACCGCAGAAUAUUCUGACUGCUGGAUGUACCAUUAACGAUAGUUUAAUGCGCGGAAGAGGCAGCGGAACUAUGCCUCAACGUGGAUUAAUGCGUCGCCCAAUACCGUCCCGUGGUGGACAACUAGAAAUUGCUGGAGUCGUCGUUGGACAAUGGGGUCCAAACUAUGGACAACCCGGCCGUUUACCUCAGCCUUUACAGGGGCAUCCUCGCGGGCGGCUUCCGCCACAGGUGACUUCAAUUGGUGGUCUCAAGUAUGGUCUCUCUCGUGGUUUCACUCCCAUGGGCCGGCCCACGUUUCAGACGCGAGGGAACAACCGUACGCAAAUCGCAGGUCGUGGAAAGAAGACACAAAUGAAGGCAACUGGUAAAAAGAAAGCUCCGGUUAAGAAGAACAAAGAAUGCGAGAACAAAAAAGACAAUCGAGGGCGAGGCAAUAAUGUCGAUGGAAUAACUGAUUACAAUGACUCUAUUCCAAACAUGAACGCAACAAAAGAUGCACUGCCAGUACCAGGCCAAUUCGAAGAUGCCGUGGAAAAUGGCAAAGGAAUAGAAAAAGGGCAGGGUGACGCAUCGCUGGUCGCUCCAGUCGCCGCUGAAAAUUAGGUAUUUAUACAUCACGUUUAUAUCGACUUUUAGACACUCCCGGAUGUGACUCAAGACUGCAAUCAAAAGAAUCUUCUUAGAGAAAACAAGUGUGUGUAAACGAGUAAUGAUGCGCCAAUGACAUUUGAAAGUUGCAACGCAAUGAUUCCACGUAACGCAGUUAUAUUCGAUCGUGCAGAAAAUUGUUUUUAUAAAUUAAAGGAGGAGAGAAAAAGGAUUUGGAGUUGUUUUUCAUGUAAGUUCAGUGCUUCGAAAAAAGAAGAAAAGAGAUGAGGAGUGGAAGUUCGGUGCUUUGAAAAAAGAAAAUAUACACAAAAUUGCCUUGAAUUUUCGCACAACGAAGAUAAUGAGAGAACUCUUCAAAUGUUACGCGCAAAAUUACUCAACAAUGUCUAAAGCUCUGAUGGGGCCAAACUAAUUAAACUAAUGUAGGAGAAAAAGCAUCGUUAACGCGAUGUCAAGAUAUUGUAAAACGACAAGACCCAUUUCCGACAUACACGAUACGAUGUCCUCACUGCCAAACGUACCAUUCACUGUGUAGGAUAAGAGCAAAAACGAACAUGAUUUAAGAAAAAAGAAGAAAACAUAAAAAAAAAAAAUACAAGGAAAUCGUGCUUGUGCUAACACGAGCGUGUUUUUAAAACUACUGCUACUCCGCUCGGAUCACCAUAAAGAUGAACUCGACUGAUUAGUGUAUGCGUGCGCUAAUUUUACUAAGAACGAGAACAAGUCGUCAGCUGCUAUAAGUAUUUAAUUCUUAAGAAGUGUGAUUAUUUUUUUUACAAUGAAAAUAUAUAUUUUCCGGUAUUAUAUGAAAUGCUCGCAUUGACAGUCUCAGUACUCUGAUCUCUAAUAACGUAGACAUCAGACAGAUAUCUUAUUCUCAUUAUAGACGGACAAAAUGGACAAAAUUUGGACUGGACAGUACAUCACGAAUGAUUUUACUGUGUUUUGUAGAUAACGUGAGAUAGGAUACUGAGACGUUCAUUAGCAAAUGAGACUGAUGCUUUUCAUAUAGGUAAAAUAUAUAUUUAUAUAUAAUUUAGACUAGAGGUUCCCAAGUAUAUUAUAUGUAAGUUGUGAAUGGUGUGUGCUUGUGUGUAUGUACGUAUGCAAUGGAGUGUACCGUCUGUGAGAUUACAUGAGUGUUGUGAACGAAUACUUGUUUUAUUUGUGAGAAUUACAAUGGAAGAAAGAGAGGGAGUGAAAGAAAAUACCGUACUAUGAAAACGACAUAUAGAGAAACAUAAGAAAUGUAUAUAAACGUGGGAUGUUAACGCGUGUCGGUUUACGUACACACGCGUACCACAUAAUAACAUAAAUAAAAUUGAAGGUUGAAAAUGUGUUGUACGCGCGUGUACGUGGCCGAAUUGAUAUAUUUAUUUGCUGUUGUGUCGAUGGAGAGAGGAAUGAAUGACUUUUGAACGAAUUACAAAUUUCCAUGUACGAUAAGAGAUACGAUAUGUACUCGUGGGCAUAACGGCGGACUAGUUGCGAGAGUAAUCGGCUUGAAUUAAAAAAAAAAAAAAAGACGAAGUUCUCUGAAAGAGUUACUCUUGCAGAGGUCUUCCGAUGUCGCUUGGAAAAUAUGCUACACUGUGCGUUAUCUGGUUGAUUUAUAUUUUAAUUGAUAACAACAAUAACAAAAGAAUGAUAGUUGCCUCAUAGAAAAAUACCUUUGUUUCGCUUGAAGAAUUUUUUUACUUGUGUUUUCUAUCGUUUUUAUCUUUGCCUCGUCUUUUUUUUUCUUUUUUUCUUUUUUGCAUUAAAAUUUUAGAAAUUCGUGCCUUUUGUAGCAUAUUUUCGAAGAGAUACGAUGUGUCCCUUCUUUAAUUGUACAUAAGAAUAGUUUAGAAAUGAGAGUGCGAGGUUGGUGUAUAUAAAAAAGGAAACCGGUAGUUUCGCACUUUUAUUGCGAAGGACCGGUUCAAUGUAGGAGAUCAUCAUGUUAAAAGAAAAGAAAAAAAGAAAAAUACUAUUUAUGUGUAGAAUAGUCGAAACGACAUUCUACCAAAGAUCAUUGGAGUUUGAAGGAUAAGAGGUGGGUUCUUUUAUCAGCAAAGUAUACACAUAUAACAGAGAUACAAGACAGCACGACAGAACACGAUCAUUUAUGAGAAAGGAAUGCAAAUAUAAAACAGAAACGAUAAAAAGAUGAAAAUGGCAUAAAGAAAGGAUAUGCGUCUAAAGUGCAGAGGUAAUUUAGGUUGAGUAAAAGAGCGAACGAGAGAGCGAGAGAGAAAGCGAUUGUGAGAGAGAGAAAACCAUUUAUUGAAAUAAUAUAAUGAGAGAUAAGAUAAAAAUGUUAUAUUUUUGUAGAUUUGUUAUUGCGUAAAAAAUGCAUUAAGACAAUGAGAAACUUUAUAUAAUUUGAGCGAUGGUUGAACUGAGCCUGAAAGAGUUAAAAUGGAUGACUAAGAUCAUAGAAAGUGUAUUGUACAGAGAAUGAAAAAAGAUUUAAGGGGAGGGGGGAAAACAUAGAGGGAAAGAUGAAAAAGUGCUUUAGAAGAGACGAAUAGUAUAUUGAACAUGUUUGACAUCCGUGAUUUAAUAAGAAAAUCUCAUUAAUUCUUUUGUGUCUCCAAAGCUCUCAAAGUUCUGAGUUGCUUGCGAACAAAGAAAAAAAGUUUAAAAAAACAAGUGAAAACCGAAAAAAAUAAAACACGAAAAUAGGCAGGAUAUCUAAAAAAAAAGAGAGAGAAAAUUAAAUAUCAGCUUCAAUAUGAACUAUACCAGUGUAUGCAUAUAAUAAACAGUUUUCCUAACGCGAUUUGAAAAAUACCAUGAUAUUUACGAAAAAAAUAAUGAAACGAAAUAAAAAAUCCCUGGUGAAUGGAACUGUGUACAUUAAAAAAAAAAGAAAAGAAUAGAAACAAAUAUUGCUAUCAUUUAACAACUUUCAGUUAAUAAUACACGUUCAUACGCACUGUUAUUUUCCAAAUGCAGUAUAUGAUAUACUAUAAAAUAUGCACCGACGUAUAUAAAAAUGAAAAAAAAAGAAGGAGAAAAUGAUGGGGAAAAUGACGUACAUCUUUGCAAUUUAAAAUUAAAACGACGCAAAUCGCUCACGAACGACUAACCAACAUAAUAAUAAUAAUAAUGAUAAUAUUAAUAAUAAUAAUAAUAAUAAGAAUAAGAAUAAUAAUAAUAAUAAUAUUACACUAGAGGCAGAGAGACGUUUCAGAUCCGACGGAUGAAUAUUUGAGAGUAAAAUGCCACUUUACUCUUUUCGUGUAAAGGUAGAUUUUCUUUCUGAGAAAUCGAUCAUCCUGAUAUACGCAAACCGGAGAAUACAAAAUAUGUAAUAAAACAAGGUAAAAAAAAAAAAAAGAAGAAAAUGAAACGAUAAAAAAGAAGAGACAUAAUAUAUGUAACCGUAUGUAGAAAAAAACAUAAUGGUACACAACGAUCAGUUGCUGCUGCACUGAUAUGAAGUAACGCAAUAAAUAUGUAUGAAAUAAUUUAAAUAUAACUAAAUAUUGAAGCGAAAGCCAAGCAAAGCCACGAAUAUGGAAUAUAAACAAAAAACGUAAAAAAUGAAAAAAUGGAAAAGGGGGGAAAAUAAAGAAUGAAUAAAAGGAAGUAAAAUAUAUACGAAAAUCCAUAUUAUUGAAAAAAAAAAAGAAAAAGAAAAACAACACAACAGAGCAGAAGUACCGCAGAAAUAAUAAAAUAAAAUAUGCAAAAGAAAGAAGUGGAAACUUGCGUAAAAAAAAAAAAGGAAACGGUGAAUAAAAUGAUCGACGUAAAAAGAACAGGUGCGCGCCUGACUCGUGCCUGCUUUUUCGUUGUAAUAUGUAGUAAAAGAAAAAGAAGACAAAUGAAAUAACAAAACAUGCAAAAUAAUAAGGGGCCCACGAAACAUCAUUAACGAGAUAGAGGAAGUAUCCGUACGAGAAUGCGAAACAAAAUAAGCCAACAUAUAAAAUGAAUUAAUCUCUCUUUAUGUAUUUAGAAGAAGGAAAAAAAAAGGAAAAAUCCCAUUUAUAAACUCGAUCUUCGAACAUUGUGUGUCAUCGUGGUAAAAUGGAAAAUUAAUUGUAUUUCGAAGUAAGGCACAUCUUUAAACUCUUGCUAUGUAACAAUGAUGAUAAUGAUGAUACAAUGAUAAUGAUGAUGAUAAUAACGAUGAUGCUGGAAUAUUGAUGAUGAUAAAUGCUUAAUAAGUGAGAAACGGUCGAACGAGAAUGUAAAUUAAGCGACUAUAUAUAUAUAUUGUUUCUUUUUUUUUUCUAAUGUGUAGAAGAGCACUUUUAUUGUAAAUCAAAGCGUCAAUUUCCAGCCGGCUGUUCUCUCUUUCGUUUUUCACUUUCAAUCAGUGUUACAGUUGUAGUUUCAUUUGAGUAAAUUUCGAUUUCAUCGUCGAUGCAGCAAAAUAGCUAAUACAACUGAAAACAAGGCAUGAUUUGUCAUGUCCUCUAAUGUGAAAAAGUCAUGGAAAACUUUCGCUUCUUCUCUAUCUGUUUAAUUUUAUUUUUUUUUUUAUAUAUUAUGUUCUCUUUUUCAUUAUUAUUAUUCUUUCGUUCUUCGUUUGAUUUGUAAUCACAUUGUAGUAAAGUCUUAGGUCUUUUUGCGAAAGAUUAUACAUAUAUAUGUAUAUGUACAUAGGGAAAAAAAUAUAACGUAUAAAAAUGGAGCAGAUCAUUUAAUUUCAACGAUUUGUUUUAAAUGAUUGCCACAAAAAAAAAAAAAAGAAAUCGAUGAAUAAUAAGUUUAUGUUAUUACUUCACUCUGUAUCUCCAUAGAAGCACGCAACCGAUAGGCAUUAAAAAAAAAAAAGAAAAGAAUGUCUGACAUUUCCUUCUGAUUUCUUUUUUUUUUACAAUGUACGCUAUACUUAAUAGCUUCGUGCUAGUAGGAUAUCAGAAUUUCCGAAUAGCAACGCAAUAAAAUGAAAUUACAGCGUAGAGUGCCCCUGAUCAAAAAAAGAAAAAAAAAGAAAAAAAGAAAAAGGAAAAAUGAAGAUGAUAUUGAGUUGCUAUAACUAUGCUACGAUAUGUAAAUUUUAAGUUUCUCUUUUUACCAUAGUUUUUCGCUUGCAUAUCCUAUUAACAAGAUAUAUUAAAAGUACAGUAGCAAAUACAGUAAAUAAAAAAAAAGUAUUAAUAAAGUAAAAAACCAAAAAAAGAUGAAGUAACGAAUUAAACACUUAUCAAUGUAGCUGCAAAUGUAUGUGGGCCCCGUCUUUAUAUAUUCUUAUUAAAUAUUACAUAACGUAUAUUCUGCUAUUAUUUUUCAUAGCUAAAGAGAGCAACAAGAACAAUGAAAGAAAGAAAAAGAUAAUACGAUUUAAAAAAAAAAUACCAAGUGCGUACACAGAGGGUAAUCCUUGUAUGUUACAAUUUAUAAUCAUUGUACGUUUAAUAUUUUUUUCUGUUUUACUCUCUUUUUGUUUCUGUAAUACGUAAAACAACAAGAUAAUUGCUGAAUCAAGUGUGUAGUGCAAUCAAGUGUAAUCUUUUGCGCAGAUAAAAAUAUGAAAAGAAGAAAGAAAAAAGAACAAGUAAAAUUGUACAUGCGCUAUGAUUUUUGUCAAUGGUCGCAUUAUUUUCAACCUAUAUGGGUCGGUAGGUGGUAACUUUUUGGAACAAUAGAAAAAUAAAAUUGCCAUAUACAUACUUCAAACUACUAUUUAUUAGCGUGACGCUGUUAUAGCAUGAUGAUUUAUCGUUGGAUCUGUGUAAGAGAGAGCCAAACGAGAUAUUAUUUAUACAUGCAUUUUUGCUGUAGAAGUUAACAAACAGAAUGGUGCGCAAAAUUUCUGUAUCCAAGAAACAAUACGCUGUAUUAGUUGGUAACUUGCAGAUGUGUUUGGAAAUGUUAGGAGUACCGUCUGGCCGACUCAUUUAGUUGUUGCAUUUCUCAAUAAUACACUGUUACAUCAAUGUAUUCUUGUUGAAUUAUUCUAUCUUGUAACUUACUGUUGUAACAUAUACCCCAUUCAUGUCUAGUGUCAAGCAGAGCUGAUUCUAUGCUUUUGCUAGUUAAAAAACCAGGGCAAAUAUGUUUUCAAGCGAAGGAAAGGGG